ACACCCCCCCGAAGUUCGCAAAUCUUACAUGCGGACACUUGUUAUUGUUGACGGCAUUGCUGUUGGCCCACUGCUUGAUGCCCGGUUCUUACAAGUAUCCGAUCUCGGAUUUCUUCUCGGAGAGAACCUAGCAGGUUCUCCUACAGCUUUUCCGAAACCGCCUUCGCGGAUUCAAGAAAGUCAAAGUCCGAGGUCUUGUAUCGCGCUCCAUUGUCGAAGCUGUUGAGGAAGAACUUACCCAAGACGCCGCAUCAGAUCCGGACACCGUAAUCUCCAGGUUUCAAAGUUUGAAGGAUGAAGGCCAAACCCUUUAUAGGUCGAAGCAAACAGACGCCGCGAACUUAAAAUGGAUGGACGCUGCAAUCGAGAUCGAGCAAUUGAGAUAGAGCAGUUCAUGGUCAGUGCUUACCGAAAAGGUGGCGAACCUUUCGUUGCCCGUAUUUCUGAGCUCUACUCUUUGAUGAAGCUCAACAAUGCUCAUAUUUACCUUGCAAAUCUGCAGAAAGUGGGGUUCAUGGCGGACAUGAUGGCCUCAGACGCUCUGGACAUAGCUAUCAGGUCAACCAAUAGGGAUUUUUGGUUGUCCGGCUUUCGCUGGCUGCCAACAGACGUGCACAAGGCCAAAUUGGGGUAUCAGCGUGCAUUAUUUUUCAGGCUACAAGGGAAUCAGCAAUCGAUUCCUUGUGCGGUAAAUUACAUCGAACAUGCACCCCGGCUGCUUCCUGAUGAUGCCGCUAUCGCAAAGACACGAGCGACGAUUCUGGCAUGGAGCGACUCAACGUUAUGAUGAUCCUUGUUGUUUACCGCUGAAGGGUCUGGGAUAUGGCAUCACGAUUAUUCUAAUUGACCUCGGGAGUGGUCUCGUUGGUAUCAUCCGUUCGUUCGUUCGUUCGCUCCCCCGCAAGAGAGAGCUUUGUCAUUCGCAUUGGAAAACUGAAUGCUGAAUGCACUUGGGAAUUCGACUUGGGUUCUGGGUCAAGCACAAGCAGACCUGUCCUUGGUUCGGGAAGCUCUCAGUUCCACUCCUUGAUAAUCAAGUCUGCAACUCAAUGUCUUGUCAUCUCUACCUAUGAGGAUCGUCAUAUUACAGCUCCUGCCAACACCAUUAGACAAAUCCAGUGCCUGAUUGUUAUUCCAUAUUAGCUCCAAGUGGUACAGAGAUGCGCUGGACAAAACUUUCGUGUAGUGAGACUCAUGGGUCC